AUGCAGCGCUCAAGUUACGGCCAGUCUCCGCCGCUUCACCAUCCCGUCCCGCAACACGUUUCUACCGUCCCUCAACUGCGAUCCCCUCCGCCUCCUGUGGGAUCCCAGCCGCAAUCCCAGAACUAUGGCAGCCCAUAUCAGCAGCAGCAGGCCGGUGGUAUGCCAGCAGGGAAUAUGUUUGGACAAUAUGGCAACUUCAUGAACGACCCAGCCGCGCAAGUCGCGGCGCAUUUUUCGCAGACCGCAUUCAAGCAAGGACAGGAAUACAUCGAGCAAAAUGUGAAUCGAUAUGUCAACGUGUCCGCACUCAAGCACUACUUCAAUGUCACGAAUUACUACGUCAUAAACAAACUCUUCCUCGUCUUGUUCCCCUGGCGCCAUAAGCCAUGGUCGCGCAAGCAAGCUGUUGGGCCCAAUGGACAAGAAGGGUGGUAUCUUCCGCCGAGAGACGACAUCAACAGCCCAGACAUGUACAUACCCGUCAUGUCGCUCGUUACCUACAUCCUCCUGUCCACCCUGAUUGCGGGUCUCCGUGGUCAAUUUCAGCCAGAGCUGCUAGGGUACACAGCGACAACCGCGCUGGUGGUGGUUAUCAUUGAGCUUCUGAUCCUAUACCUUGGCUGCUAUCUUCUCAGCAUCUCGAACACGUCGCAGCUCUUGGAUCUAGUUGCAUACUCCGGCUACAAGUUUGUCGGCGUUAUCGUCACGAUCGCCGUAGCGGAGAUUGUAAAUGCCGGAAAGGGCACUGGUGGCUGGGUAGGCUGGUCGGUGUUCAUCUACACUUUCUUGGCGAACUCGUUGUUCCUGAUGCGCUCUCUGAAGUACGUCCUACUUCCUGAGACCAAUGGCGCCAGUGGGGGAAGCAUGCAGACGGACACAAGGACGAAGCGCAGCCAACGCACGCAGUUCCUGUUCUUCUACUCUUACGUUAUCCAACUCCUUUUCAUGUGGAUAUUGACUAGGGCAUAA